AUGGGGCCCAAGAGGUCUGUCCUGCCCAAGGCCUCGGAGGACAGGAGUAAGCUGACCCAGCUGAAGAUUGCCCAGCGCCUUCGCCUGGAGCAGCUCAAGCUGGAAGAAGUAACACGACGCAUCACGCAGGUGAGCCCCAAUGGCUACUCAAUGCUCCUGGCCAUGCAGGCGACCCCCAGUGGGCCUGGCACUGAGGGGGUGCCCACGAUGGAGCCCCGCCUACAGAGGCGGCUUUUCAGGAACCUGGUCUCCUCCUUGAAACAGAAGCAGGCUGCAGUGGUGAUCAAUAAGCCAGUGGGAGGGUACCAGUGCAGAGACAUCAUGGGCAUGCUCUCCUGUGCCUUCCCACCUGUGACUUUUCACAGCAGUACCUCCCGUCAGCACUGA